CGAGAGCCCCCAGAUGCCCGCCCCCCACGAGGGAACAGCGGGCUCCCGCGUCCCGGCCGGGAGGGGGCGCUGCGGGGCCGCGCUCCGCCGGGAAGCGUUGGGCAGCUGGGGGGCGCUGUGCGGCCGGAACAGCAGCAUUAUUUUAAAGCACGUGUCUGUCUCUGUCAUUUUUUUACUUUUAGGGUUUUGGCCAAAGUGGGCGAGGGCACAAACUAUCCACUUACCCCUUCUCACCGAGGAAGAGCGGGCGCGAGGGUAUGGCGCAGUCCCAAGGCUGGGUGAAAAGGUACUUCAGGGCCUUUUGUAAAGGCUUUUUUGUGGCAGUGCCUGUGGCGGUGACUUUCCUGGAUCGGGUCGCCUGUGUGGCAAGAGUGGAAGGGGCAUCGAUGCAGCCUUCCUUGAAUCCUGGGGGGAGCCAGUCAUCUGAUGUGGUGCUUUUGAACCACUGGAAAAUGAGGAAUUUUGAAGUCCAACGUGGUGACAUUGUGUCAUUGGUGUCCCCUAAAAACCCGGAACAGAAGAUCAUUAAGAGGGUGAUCGCUCUUGAAGGAGAUAUUGUAAAAACCAUGGGACACAAGAACCGCUAUGUCAAAGUACCCCGUGGCCACAUCUGGGUUGAAGGCGAUCACCAUGGGCACAGCUUUGACAGUAAUUCUUUUGGGCCGGUGUCCCUGGGACUUCUGCACGCCCAUGCCACGCACAUCCUGUGGCCUCCAGAGCGCUGGCGGAAGCUGGAAUCUGUUCUUCCUCCGGAGCGCUUGCCAGUUCAGAGUGAGGAGUCGUGACUGCACCCCGGAGCUGCCCUCAGCACCGCUCACAGGCGAGGGGGGAAGAGGAGCCCCCAAAGGGCAGAGCCAAGACGAUGCUGAGCAAGGACCGUCCCUCUCGCAUUAGGAUGAUUUGUAUCUUUACAGAAAGAGUUUUCAAAUAUUAAAUGGCACCUUGAUUUGUGGUAAACUGUAAUAUCCUGUUGAUUAAUACCAAAAAAAAAGCCAAUCUUUCGGAAUAUGAAAAUCUUAUUCCCAUAUGUCUUAUAGGGACUAAAUGUGUGAUUUUGUUAUGUUUACUCUGUUGAUUGUUGGGUUUUGAUUUUGGUGCCUGCAGCUGAAGGGAUAUGAAAAUUAACAUUUGAUGAAAGUAAUUGCUUGAAUAAAGUCAUUUACUCUUAAGAUGGAACUGUGAAAACCAUAUUACACACAUACUGACAGGAAUUAUAUUGUAAUUGACAGUAUCUACAAUGUAGUGACUGCCAGUUAGGAAGAACAGUAAACUGUGAUGCUGAAAUAAAACUGAUUUGCUCAGGUA